AUGGCGGCAAAGACAAUUCCCCCUCGGAUGUUUCUGCGUGUUCUCGUUGUCAGCCUAACUUUCUUUGGAUACUUUCCUCUGUAUGCUCACUGUGAGUCAAGCACACAAACUAAACCUGAAAAUGUGCUGAAUGCCUCAAAAAUUCGGCGAAAUGCUGCGCGGAUGCCUUCGAAUGACAUACUAAAUUGUGAGUGAAAUCCACAUUUUCUUUUCCGUUUCUCAUAUUUCGCGAAUUCUGUCUCUAACAAGAAAUCUGCGAUGUUAUGUGACCACCACAUGUCUAAAAUAUGGUUGGAAAAUGCUCUCUAAAGCCCAAAAACUUUUGGGGCAUGGUUCCUUUCUCUAAUUGUGAUUGUGACCCGCGGGCCACAAACACGAUCGGGGCCAUCGAGUUCAACAAGUGAUCAAAAUACUUUGUUAUUAGUAGAAAUCUAACGACUUAAAGUAGUUCUUUGAAUAAAAUACUUCAUGGAUUUAUGACAUACAAGCGGGUCGUCUCUAUAUAUAGAGUAUUAUAACACUCUGCGAUCACGUGUGCUGACAUCCCCAAUAACAUUGAAUGAACUCGUUACUACGUAGUUCUGGCGUUCUUUUAUGGACCUGUUGCUACUACUCAUAAGCCACCUUAUUAGGACCAAGACGCUCAAUGGCGCACGCUUGCUGCGCCAAUGUUGCGCCGUGUAUCGGGCUGGAUUGAUUUUUUUCGCAAAGUGCGUGGGCGUUCCACCGUCCGACAACGAGUGGAGCAGACCGUGGAGUGCCUAUGACCACCAACCCCAAGAAUACUCCUAAUAGACGUUCGUCGCUCAAGCCGUUUUGAGUGCGUUGACUCAGGCAACGCAUGAAUCAACACGACUUACUUGCCUAGAUAAUGCUUCCUCAGUCAAUUAGAUAAGUAGCAAUAGUUUUACAACCCAGACCGGAGUCGCUAGUGCAUUAGCAUUGUCCGGCUAGCGCAGUUUUAUCGGGGUCGUUGCUCAAGUUUCUUUUGUAGGCAUCUCCUAAGAUUCAACGUUUGUCUGCGUUAACAACAUAGAUUGUGUUCCACACUAUUCGCCAUACUGACUUUCUUAUACGCCUACAAGUGGGGCGCCUUUCAGUGUUUGAACGUAUCCAGUUUUUCCUCUUGGCAUGGAUUACAAGUGGAUUGAGUGAGCUUAGUUGCCUGAUAGUUAACUCUUUUUCAAUCCCCCAUGCCUCGUAUGAGGUGUCCACACCACGCGGAUGCGCAGUAUUCCGAAUGGAGCAAAAUAUAUGCGGUAUAUUGUUUAUGGUAUACACAGGCUUGAUUCAGUGCAAUGUUGAUAGCGCCUAUUAACUUGGAUCUUCGCAGCAGUUUAUUGUCAUUUUUAAGUGAAACCGUGCUAAGUCGGCUGAAGCUUCAUUUCUUAGAAUAACCUCGUCAUUUGUCCCUACGCAUGAACGCAUUUCCAAGUUCAACCCAGAGUGCUUGCGAGAAAUUUGCGUCCUCCCACAUUCUCUGCGAAAUCCCAUCGGUUGGUAAAUUUGAACUCCCAAUGGAGAUAUUUCCGGUUAAAGUCAUGGUCUGGUGUCUGACGUGAGAUUUUACUGCCAUCUGCAAUCAUUAGUGAGCUGUGGAAAACUCUUCCAGAUGGAAAAGGGCAACGUCCCCAACCGCAAACCCCCGGGACACAGUUAUGCAGAGGCAACUCGAGCAACGUAGCUUAUUGAACGCAUGCGCUUCGCCCCUCCCUCCCCCCCACCUGGGAUCCUCAAUAAGUGGCUUAACGUCCCUGAGGUCUAGAGAAAAGAGCUACACCAUCCUGUCACCUUCCUGUUCAGAAGUUAUUGUAUUAAGGAUAUUCAAGGAAAGUGAUCGUUACUUAAAGGAGUUAUGCUAUCAAGUAACUGGAGUUUUUUAGCAAUGCAAGCUGUUGCUGGUGACAUUCCUCGUGAUGUUGACAAUUUCAUCUUCAGGAGGGCACUCUGAUAUACUGUAGUAUAACAAGGGGUCCAGAAAUAUCUACCUUGGCAAUGUACACCCCAAGUUUCAUCAGGAAAUUCGCGAAUUCCAAGGUAGCUUCGUUAGGGUUCCCAGAUUUGGCUGCUAAAAGCCCAUACUCGAAACGGUAUGUUUUCAGCAGGCAAUCAGAACUCUUGUAUCGACAAAACGCGUGAGACUGCUGUUAAAUCUGAACGUCUCACUUGUAUAUUUUGUUUUUGGUUGUGUCACCCUGGUGACCUUACACUCUUGUGUACUGUUCUUUUAGCUCCCAAUUCCUCUGCCGACCCGGACUCUAGAAAUUACUCCUGGCCUUCUCAGGGGGAAAGCGUCGAUCCAAAUGACCUGUUUGAUGGUAAAGUCACGACCAGAUGCCGCCUGAGACCUAUUAACUGGUGGAACUACACACUGGCCAGUCCAAAGCUUGUCCUGGGAAAUGAGCUGGAGUCUGCCCUGGGUACCGCCUUAGGCGUCGGUAGUAGCGACAUUUUCGGUGUCAAUCUCCACCGCCACGUUAGGAUAUCUUCUCUAUUUAGUCCCUUCCUUCUGCAACGACGAUAUCCCACGUCGAAAAGCGCUGUGCCCCACAUUAUCCAGAGUCACUGUGUCCUAG